AUGCUCUAUCAGGUCUCUCACUUAGAGCUGUGGCCGAGCUUCGAUUGUAACAAAAAGCCUUUGAAGGAGGAGCUCCAUUGUCUGCAGGCCCUCACCAGGCUCCACAUGAAGUACAUCCGCAAGUGGUUCUGCAACCGACGCUAUUCGCUCACGCUUCACCACCAGGUCCAGAGUCAGAGGAGAACGGCCAGUCACAGCCCAAUGGCCUCCUGUCGUCAAAGACACAGCUCAUUCAGCAUCUGACACAACCACCGCCACCACAACAUGACAGCAUGGACAGACCACCACCGAAGAAGAAAUGGAUGUCUCAGGCAGAUGAUGUCGACAUCAUAAGCAGGAGCUGCAACGGUAACCAUGACAACCCUACUGACACCACCCACCAGAUUAGGUCAACCUCAAAAUGGGCCCACGGCCGAAGAACAACAGCAAGACCAUGGCCCAGCUGGAUCUCCUGAGGCACUUCUUCUUGACCUGCCAGUGGCCCACCAAGGGGGACUACAUGCGGCUGCAGAAGCAGACGGGCCUCUUGCGGAAGGCCCUCACCAAGUGGUUCGGAGACACCCGCUACCACCUCAGACAGGGCAUGGAACGCUGGAUGAGUGGGGAGGAGCGCCUGAAAGUCCUGGCGCAGAUCAGGGAGUGGCAGAUGAAACGGGAGAGGGACCAGUUGAUGACUGGAGAAACGGAUCCAACAGAGUCCACCAUGCUGUCCUUGGGUCCCGUUACUCGUGGUGCUAAUGGGGAGGCUGGUAGCGAGGAGGAGGGAGCAGGCGCUUGGAAACUUGUGAAUGGCGUGAAGCAGAAGUGA